CAUGUGGCCGCUAGAUGUCGCGCAAACGCCACAGACGCGCCUCUGGAACAAAUCCAGCAGGAACAAACUGUACCGCAUAUGAAUCACACAAUCGAUAAACAUACGCGCUCUGAUCAUCUCCUCACAUCGACAGAUCCGUAGAUUUCCAGCACAUUCGCUCUUUCAGCCGCGCGCUAAGAAGUCGCGUCUGUUUUUCUCCAAACGUUUUUUUUUCAUACGGAACGUUCAUUAUUGGCUCGUCACAUGUUGACGCUUCCCGGUCGCAGCAUACGCAAUCUUGCCUUCGGUUCUUAAACGCUAAAAGCGCUUCGUGCUCAACCGGAGAAAACGGGAAACCGCAGCCAGAAUAAAGCAACGAGAGCGCGAGGAAACCGGAGAGAGAGAGAGAGUGUGUGUCAGAGAGAGAGAGAGAGAGAGAGAGAGAGAGAAGAAAGGAAAGGCAAGGAAAGGCAGCAGCUCCACGCCACUCCUUUGUUUUAGGAAAUCGCUUGAAUCGCUCGAAGGACUGGAAUGAUGCAUCGCGUUUCUCUCGCGUUUUCCCGCGACGCCUGUUUUUAAAGGCGAACUUGACGACUUUGCGUUUAAUUUGGUGGAAAAGCGUUUGAGGUGCGAAACCUUCAGACGCAUUAAGCGUUUCCUCCGCGUUCGCCCUCCAUGCGUUUAGACUCGUUUUUCUCCACCGUUUUGCGUUCCACGUCGUGGGCUCCUCUCAUCUGCCGAAGCGUUCCGAAGCUCCAGGCUCGAGAUACUCGCUACUCUUCAAAGGCCUUUAAUGCGGCACUCGCGCGACACAUUGUAACGGGUUUCCACGCGUCAGAUGAGCGUCGGUUCUGAUCCAUAAAGCGCCGCCGAUCCUCUGCCAGAACAUCUCGCCUGCGCUGCUCGCUCUUCAUACGCAGCGUCUGCGGCCCUCUUCAAUGUUAAUGUCGACCGACGUCGCAUCUGUAAUGCUGCCCGUGAGCCACGGGAUCAUGGAACACGACCGGGAUCUGGACGCGGGUUCGGCGGCGGUUCGGGGGAUGAAGCGCGGGGACCCGGAGCCGGAGGGCGCCGCGGCGGCGGGGGAUUCGGUCGGGGCGGAAUGCAAACGAGCGCGGAUGGACGGAACCGGAGAGACCGGACAGGGUUCACAGGACACGAUGGGAGCUUUGGAGGGCGUCAUGGCUCCGUUCUCCUCCUUCCCUCCUCCUCCGCCUCCUCCUCCUCAGAACGGCCUGGCGCUGGAGUUCGGGGCCGGCAGCAUUUACUCCGCAGGGGGCCAAACGGAGGCCCUGGCAGGAGCCAGCAGCACCUCCUCCUCUAACCCCAGCGCUCAACUGUCAGACAGAUCUACUCAGGCAGAAGAUCAGUGUGUUUCUGUCGACGCUGCGGGCAGCAACGAGUCCUCCGAGGCCAAAGGAACCCCGAAACGGCUCCACGUUUCCAACAUCCCCUUCCGCUUCAGAGACCCAGACCUGCGGCAGAUGUUCGGGCAAUUUGGAAAGAUUCUGGAUGUGGAGAUCAUCUUCAAUGAGAGGGGCUCAAAGUGGAAACUAACAGGAUGA